AGAGUUCGCUAUCUAGUAUUAUCAAAGAAGUCUGUAGUUUGUGGCAUGAACUAAGAUAUAUCUUAGUUCAUGGUUUGUGGUUAUCAAAUUUACGUUUUACACUCUUUGCCUUCGCCUAUUUGUUACUUCUCACGUGUACCUAUAUUGUCGUGCUGUGUAAUGAAAUUACGAAUUGAGUAAAAUGAGUAAAAUUGAACAUUUGGUUGUGGAUACCGCCGGUUUCAUUGACAAAGCACCACUCCAAGACUUCGGUUUGAACAUCCACACUAUUCAAGAAGUGGUGAACGAAGUGACAAAUAAACGUCAAAAAACAGAUCUAUCAGUAUUGCCUUACACUCUCAACAUUAAAACCGUGUUUCCCGAACAUAUUCAGUUUGUUGUUGAUUUUUCAAAAAAGACUGGUGACUACCCGAAUCUAUCUGUCACCGAUAUUAAAGUAAUAGCUUUGGCUUAUCAGAUACAUAAAGAAAAUUAUGGUACAGACAAUUUGAGAACUGAACCAAUUUCUAAAUCAGUUGUGUUUGAAAAACCUGAGGUUAAUGAAAAUACCGUUGGAUUUUAUGAUCCAGACCGUUUGAGUGAUGAUGUGUCAGAAUUGGAGAUUGAUGAUGGGUGGAUUACAGAAGAUAAUAUAAAAGAUAUCAAUAAAAAUAAUGGAGACGAUCUCACUGAAGAAAAAGCCAAAGUCGGUUGCAUUACCACUGAUUAUGCCGUACAAAAUGUGCUCAAACAAAUAGGCCUCUCUGUUAUUGCAUUAGAUGGCCGUGUGAUUAAAGAAGUUCGGACUUACAUAAGACGCUGUUAUGGAUGCUUUACAUUGACAUCCAAUAUGACAAGAUUAUUUUGCCCAAAAUGUGGGAACAAAAGCUUAAAACGAGUAGCUGUGUACUUGGAUGAAGAUGGAAAACAACGUGUGUACAUUAAUGGUAAAAGACCUUUAAGUAUUAAAGGUAAGAAGUAUUCAUUACCUAAACCACAAGGUGGUAAACACGCAGUCAACCCAAGACUGGUAGAAGAUCAACCAAUGCCACAUCAACGACCAACUAGGUUGGCUAAAUCCAAAACCAAUGCUUUGGACCCAGAUUAUACAGCUAAAUUGUCUCCUUUCGCUACAAAGGAUGUUUAUUCCAAAUCUGCCAUGCUUGGUUUCAAAGGUUCAGUACAGAAACAAUGGAUGAAAAGGAAUCCUAAUGAAUCCAAUAAGAAAUGUAAGAAAUAAAUUAUGUAUUUGCAAUAAAAAAAAAACACAAUGAUUACAAUUAUCGAAUUUUUUUUUUUAAUUCCCACAAUUUUAUUAUAUAAUCAUUCCAAUUAUUUACUUUAUAUUGUUUUUAUAAUCAAUCUUGUAAAAACUGAAAGCAAAUUAGAUUUAUAGUCUAUAAGCUGGUUCAUCUUAAAAUAAUAAAAAAAGCAGGUCAUCGGAA